UUCAAAAUGGCAGACGAAACAACAGGAACCUCGAAAACUCCCCUCCAUAAAAAGGACAGAUUUUCCUCUUUGACGGACAAGUUUAGAUCAAAGUUCAAUGAAGAACCUGAAUUCUAUGCCAGGGCACCAGGAAGGGUCAACUUAAUAGGUGAACACAUUGAUUAUUGUGGUUACUCAGUACUUCCUAUGGCCAUAGAACAAGACAUUCUUAUUGCCGCAGUACCAAAUGAUUCUGCCAAACUAGAUCUUGUCAACACAAGCCCCGAAUAUGUAGAAUACAACUGUACUACAACUAAUGUAGAAAUUGACAAAAGUAAACCAUUAUGGUACCAUUACUUUCUCUGUGGAUACAAAGGUAUCAUUGAACACUUCAAUAUCAAAUCUCCAAAAGGUAUGAAUGUCGCUGUUGAUGGAAUAAUACCAAGGAGUGCAGGUCUUUCAAGCUCUAGUGCAUUGGUGUGUUGUGCUGCAUUGGUGACUCUGCGCUGUAAUAAACUAACCAUGUCAAAGGUAGAACUAGCAGAUAUGUGCGCUAAAUGUGAGCAUUAUAUUGGAACUAUAGGUGGCGGUAUGGAUCAAGCAAUUUCAUUCCUAGCUCAACCUGGAACAGCUAAAUUCAUUGAGUUUAAUCCUCUCAAAGUAACAGACGUAUCUUUACCAGAAGGAGCUACAUUUGUGAUCAGCAAUAGUUGUGUUGAGCUCAACAAGGCAGCAACCUCUGACUUUAACAUCAGAGUAGUGGAGUGUAGACUGGCAGCUCAGGUUAUAUGCAAGAGGAAGGAGCUGAACUGGAGAGAGUAUAGGAAACUCGGAGAUGUACAUAAAGCAUUGGGUGUGAAACUAGAAGAUAUGAAUAAUAUUGUAAAAGAGGUUCUCCAUAAGGAACCAUAUUCUAAGCAAGAAAUUUGUGAUAUUCUCAAUGUAACAGCUGAAGAACUUAAUGAGGUCACGCUCAGCUCAAACACAACACAUGUGCAAUAUUUUAAACUCUACAACCGAGCCACCCAUGUCUUUGCGGAGGCUAACCGUGUGUACCAGUUCAAAAUGGUCUGUGAUGAAAAACCCAAUGGUGCUCUUGAAACCCUUGGUUCUCUAAUGUCUGCAAGUCAUGAGAGUUGUAGGGACCUUUAUGAAUGUAGCCAUCCAGAUUUAGAUCAACUGGUUAACAUUUGCAUGGAAUCAGGUGCUCUUGGUUCUCGUCUAACUGGUGCAGGUUGGGGCGGAUGUGCAGUUUCCAUGGUACCAACCAAUCAGGUCGAACCAUUUAUGGCCAAAGUACGAGAGGCCUAUUAUUCAAAGGACUCAGUGAGGUCAGCAAAAGUCAUGACGAGUUUGUUUGCCUCUCAACCAGGAGGUGGUGCCAUCUUUUAUCAAGAUUGAAAACUAACUUCGGUAACAAGUCUGUGGAGCCAUCUUUUAUCCAGAUUGAAAAUAAACGAUAGGACAUUCCAGAUAAGGACAUAUAAAAAUGCCUAGGGAACAUCGAGGACAUUUAGAUUGAGGCACAUUGACAAUAUUAAAAUGUUUAUACCAAAAUACCUUCCCAAUAACCAUGCCACCUUUUUCGACAUCACAGAUGCUUUAGGAUUUAUUGAUUACAUUAAUGAUGUCAUAGAUUGUAGGUAGUUACAUUUACAUCAGGUUUUUCAAAAUAAGCAAUCAAAUCUUAUUUUUGCUUGGACAGAUUGCAACCUACAACGUAUGACAUCAUCGAAACACCCUAUCUUUUUUUUGAUUAAGCAAAAUAUGGCUGAGUUUCUGGGAAAGUUAUGUUAAAGACUCAAUUGGAUCUGAAAUAUCCUAUGGAUAAAUCCGACUUUGAACGUUGAAUGUUUCAACAGGAUAGACCAAUGAAGUGUCAUUAUAAAAUAUGAACCCCAAGUCCCAUGAGUAGAUUAUAGUGCACAAUAUGUAACAUACCAUUGGAAAGAUGACAUUGUGUCCCAGUGUUACAUUGAUAAACUUGUGGUGGUUAGAUAUGAUGUAUAGUACAUGUAUAAGUCAUGACUAUAAUCCUAUACAACAAUGUACAGUAAGAAUUGUGAUAGUGGAAUGCCUUGUACAGUGUAGCUCAAGAUAGGUUUAUUUUAUUAACUUUAGGUUCCUGUGUAGAUGCAGGAAGGGGAAGGCGAGUCCUUAGCGUGACAUUAGAGUAUGAGUUGGUAUUCAACUGGUAGUGGGUUUCGUAAUGUUUGAAUAAACUGAUUUACAUUUAUUAUUCCAUUGAAUGACAUUUGGUAAGGGAGCAAAUUUGUCAAUCCAUGCAUCAU